AUCGCCAUGGCUCGUACUAAGCAGACAGCCCGCAAGUCCACCGGUGGCAAGGCGCCGCGCAAGCAGCUGGCUACUAAGGCGGCCCGCAAGAGCGCUCCGGCUACCGGCGGCGUGAAGAAGCCGCACCGCUACCGGCCCGGCACCGUGGCUCUGCGCGAGAUCCGCCGCUACCAGAAGUCCACCGAGCUGCUGAUCCGCAAGCUGCCGUUCCAGCGGCUGGUGCGCGAGAUCGCGCAGGACUUCAAGACCGACCUGCGCUUCCAGAGCUCGGCCGUGAUGGCGCUGCAGGAGGCGUGCGAGGCCUACCUGGUGGGGCUCUUUGAGGACACCAACCUGUGUGCCAUCCACGCCAAGCGCGUCACCAUCAUGCCCAAGGACAUUCAGCUCGCCCGCCGCAUCCGUGGGGAGAGGGUGCUGGAAAGAACAGUGCAUAACAUGGCAGAGAUCCUUCUGCGUGGAGCUCACCGACAGAAAAUGAACAAAGCUGGUGUACUUGGUGACCGCCUUGGUGCCCUCGGACACCGCGUGUUUGGCCAGCUCCCCAGGCAGCAGCAGGCGCACGGCCGUCUGGAUCUCCCUGGAUGUGAUGGUCGAGCGCUUGUUGUAAUGCGCCAGACGCGAUGCCUCGCCCGCGAUGCGCUCGAAGAUGUCGUUCACAAACGAGUUCAUGAUGCCCAUGGCCUUGGACGAGAUGCCGGUGUCCGGGUGGACCUGUUUCAGCACCUUGUACACGUACACGGAGUAGCUCUCCUUGCGGCUGCGCUUGCGCUUCUUACCGUCCUUCUUCUGCGCCUUGGUCACCGCCUUCUUAGACCCCUUCUUGGGAGCAGGAGCAGAUUUAGCCGGUUCAGGCAUGAUGGAAAAACGUCAGACCAAAAUGACAAAGAAAACCGAAAGAAUGCAGCUCAUGAAGCCUUCGUGAUGGCUCGUACUAAGCAGACUGCUCGCAAGUCCACCGGAGGUAAGGCGCCGCGCAAGCAGCUCGCUACCAAGGCUGCUCGCAAGAGCGCGCCGGCUACUGGCGGAGUGAAAAAGCCACAUCGCUACCGGCCUGGCACGGUAGCUCUGCGCGAGAUCCGCCGCUACCAGAAGUCCACCGAGUUGCUGAUCCGCAAGCUGCCGUUCCAGCGGCUGGUGCGCGAGAUCGCGCAGGACUUUAAGACCGACCUGCGCUUCCAGAGCUCGGCCGUGAUGGCGCUGCAGGAGGCGUGCGAGGCCUACCUGGUGGGGCUCUUUGAGGACACCAACCUGUGUGCCAUCCACGCCAAGCGCGUCACCAUCAUGCCCAAGGACAUUCAGCUCGCCCGCCGCAUCCGCGGGGAGAGGGCAUAAAUUGUCGCUACCAGGUGCAAAUAUCAA